AGUGGUGGGGUGUCAUCUGUCAUAUUUUGUUUUAUUUUUCGAUUCAUCAACAUGACCAUGUCGGCGUCAGCUGUAGAUUCUGAAAUCACGAAAAGUGACAAAUACUCAAUAUUACUUCCAACAUACAAUGAACGAGAAAAUCUGCCGAUCAUAAUAUGGCUAAUCGUCAAAUAUUUGGACAGCACUAGCUACGACUACGAAGUGAUAAUAAUCGAUGAUGGCAGUCCGGAUGGAACUCUGGAUGUGGCCAAACAACUGCAAACUCUGUACGGGUCCAAUAAAAUAGUGCUUCGUCCGCGGGAGAAGAAACUCGGCCUUGGUACGGCGUACAUACACGGCAUCAAACAUGCUACGGGGAAUUUCAUUAUUAUUAUGGACGCUGACUUGAGCCAUCAUCCAAAAUUCAUUCCUAAGUUUAUAGAGCUCCAAAGGGAACAUGAAUAUGACAUUGUCUCCGGAACCCGCUAUGUUGGAGAUGGCGGCGUGCACGGGUGGGACUUCAAGAGGAAGCUGAUAUCACGAGGAGCCAACUUCGUCACACAACUACUUCUGAGGCCUGGGGCUUCUGAUUUAACUGGGUCUUUUAGGUUAUACAAGAAAGAUGUCCUGCAGAAGCUGAUAGACAGCUGCGUGUCCAAGGGAUAUGUAUUUCAAAUGGAAAUGAUCAUCAGAGCCAGACAGUUGGAGUACACCAUAGGGGAAGUUCCAAUUACAUUUGUGGAUCGAGUUUACGGUGAAUCUAAGUUGGGUGGAUCGGAAAUAGUGCAGUUCGCCAAGGCACUUUUAUACUUGUUCGCUACAACAUAAGGUUCAAUAUUUAUAUAUAGUUAUAUAUUUUAUUUUCUUCUUAAAUUAAUUAAACUCUAAUGUAUAAUUCUUCGGUAGAUAGUCUCUUCCCAGACACUGUUGGCAAUGCAUAAUCAUAACAUUACUUAGUUUAUGUAUAACUGAAUGAAAGAACCACUCUCAGAAUGCCUAGCACGGGACGCAAGACGUGAGAAAAGUUAUCCGUCGCGCUCACUUCCGAAGCCGCGCGAUGUGAGUGAGCGCGACGCAAACUCUUGUCACGUCUUGUGCCCCUGGUUAGGCCAUCUGCUGGUAACAUUCAUACCCUAGAGGGGUUACGUUUCUUAGCCCCAGGCUGUACAUAUUUCUUUAUUUAAUCAUUCCAAUAUUUUUUUACGACUAACUAUUCAAUAAGUUAAGUAUCUACCAACCUAUAUAUUUACUAUUAAUAAACUUGUUAAUUCAA